AUUUGCACUUUCUUUUCUAUAUUUCUAUUAAUUUCAAAUCUAUUUCAUGUCCUCUAAAAAAAAUUUUUUCAAGUCAGCAAACAAAUAGCUUUUCUUCGACUAGUAGACCAUGAAAAGGAAAAUGAGCCCAUCCUUUUCUGUUUAUUAAAAAAGCUUUUUGGCCUUAUUUCCUAUGUUUCAAAAACAAAUUUUAGAAUAAACACAUUUGGAAGCCAAAUUAGCGAUCAUCGAAAAUGUGUACGAUUAUUUCUGGCCGGAUGUUGAUAGGAAGCAAGUAUCUUUCUCCAUCUUUCCAUUUCCCUUUUUUCAGCCCUGCACUCUUUCAAAAGGUCUCUUCGCAUAUCGUAAGGCCGUAUUGUAUACAGUUAGGUAGAAUUAAGAAACCUCUGCCAGGUUUAAAACUUUUCCAGAAAGUUGUCUCCUGUAUAUAGCUGUGAAUUUGAGUUUAAAAGGAAAUCUUUGUUAGAUAUAUCUUGCAGUUGUUUAGGUAAUAUGGGAUUGGAUUCAUUAGUAAUGGACAAAUUAGAAAAAUACGGAAGAGUUGCAUUAAUUAUGCAGGAGAAAUAAUUCAAUUGUCUAGCUUAACAAACAACAAAAUCCCUCAACAAAUGAUGUACUGCUUAAAUAGCUCUUUAUUUUUAGAUUCGCAUCUUUUCUUUGCGCAAAUAAUUUAACAUAAAGAGGAGUGAAGUAUUGCUGGGCUGGACAGAAACAGAGACAGUUGUAAGAAAAAUUCAACAAUUUGAAAGAAAGAUUUCAAUCAAUCUAUUGUCCAAAUGGGACUUUUCUUGCUCGCGACCUUUCUUCUCAAUAUUUUCUGCUUUGCUUCGAUAAAGUCAGACGAGAAUCAAAGUACAAGCAAAUCUGUUUUCGAAGAAGUGCACAACCCAACUCAGAUAACGACAAGCAUGUUGCAUAAGACCUUCCAUCAAUGCAGCCUUGAUAACACCUGUCGUUACGUUGUUAAGGAUAUCAAGAACCACAUUUUUCAUCGAUUUAGAGAUGAGCAAGAAAUCCCAACCAAGAGAUCAAACUUCGUUAUAUGGUCUAAGAAACAAGCAAGAAGAGGCAUUCAAGGAAAUAUCGCUUAUAAGAAACCGUCCUCGCAUUCAUCCGCUAAUGAAUAUGGUGGAAUUACAUUUGUUGCCAGCUUUGGAAAUGACGGUAACAAAACUGGGGCCUGGCAGCGAUGCAGUAUCACCAAAAAAGAAAUAGUACCCUGGUGGCAGGUGGACCUUACAAGGCAAGCUGCUGUCACAAGUAUCCAAAUAAAAAGUGGCGCAACAUGGGGUCAAGAAAGAAUCAAUCCAUUUGAUAUCAGUGUUGGGGAUGAUAGUUCAAGUGGCGGACGAAACAAUGCGCUUUGCGUAAAAGAUGGAAGGUUGGCAAUCGGUGAAUUGAAAAAGUUUGAUUGUCCAAGGCUUUUUUUGCUUGGUCGGUAUGUGACUGUAUUCUUGAACAGGCAAGAAUAUCUUCAAGUAUGUGAGCUUGAGGUUUACGAACUUCAAACGGAGUUGUUCGUGUAAAGUAUCGUUAUUGGUAAAUUUUAUGUUUUACAAUGAUUAUUCCAUAUAUAUAUAUAUAUGUUUUGCAAAGAGUUCAUAAUGACAUGAUAGCUUAAAAGUGGCUCUGAAAAAAGCAAACAUUAUGAAACAUGUACUCUUCAGAGUAAAACGUUUAACAGUCUUCAGAGUAAAAAUCGUCAGAAAAUAUAUCAAAUAAUUUUCAUAUCUUUCAUUCUUUGCAUUGAUUUUAUAACAUUUGCGCACUUUUUUCUCUUUUACGUCAUCAAAACAUGGAGAAUCUUUGAGAGCCUAUACUGUUUUUUAUUCAACUGGCAAAUACCCAAAUAUUCUUUCAAUGUUAAAAGAUUUGCAUCGAUGCUCCAUGAUGCAUUCAGUCUUAUAUGUUGCUUAUGGGCAAUCCAAAGUACU